ACACACCUCCAGACUGGGGGACAGUACAAAGACUGUGCUGAGAUCUUUAAGGAUGGGAACUCCGUUAGUGGCCUGUAUAUGAUCAGACCGGACCAGGCUCCCUCCUCCUUCAUGGUGUUCUGUGACAUGAGUGAUGGAGGAGGCUGGACUGUCAUCCAGAGGAGAAAGGACGGAACGGAGUCCUUCGACAGAGCGUGGGUGGAGUAUAAGCAUGGUUUUGGAGGCAGCGAGUCAGACGGAGAGUUCUGGCUAGGGAACGACCCCCUACACUACCUCACCUCUCAAGGCGACUACAACCUAAAGAUCAACAUGGAGGACUUUGACGGAAACCAGCGCUUCGCCAAGUACAAAAACAUGAAAGUUGAUGAUGAAAAGAACCAGUAUAAGCUUCAUCUGGGUGAGUACACUGGCAAUGCGGGGGACGCCCUCUCCGAAGCCCACUCCCAUCCCAGUGGGCAGUGGAACAGUCUAGGGGCCGGUCAACUGGGAGUCAAGUUCAGUACCUACGACCAUCCCAACAAGGACGAUGAGAAGUGUAUCCGCCAUGACAUGUCAGGCUGGUGGUUCAGCAAGUGUGAGUCUGGCAACUUGAACGGUCACUACUACAACGGGCCGUAUCAAGCGGUAAUGGAUGACGGGGUGGUCUGGUACACCUGGCACGGCUGGUGGUAUUCAAUCAAAUCCGUCGCCAUGAUGAUCCGGGCCUCCGACGUCCAUCCGGCUGGAUCUGAUGUUUAACUGAACAGAACGCCAGACGACAUCGAUCCUGUUAAGAGUUUUGCCUCACUUAGGAUAGGCUGAAGGUGGUGUUACAUCAUAGAGAACAUCCAAUCAUAACAAUCUUGAUGCUAAUUGAGGUAAAACAGUAAUUCUGCUCAUAGAUUAUUAAAGGAUUACAUUUAUUUUCAUCGUCAAUUGCAGACCAAAAAUGUAUUUAAGCUUUUAACCCAACCCCUUUGAAUCAGAGAGGUGGGGGGGGGGUGGGGCUGCCACAUUGGGUGCCAGAGGAGCUGUUGUUGUUCAUUCCAACUGGCAACCUUUUGGUUAUUUGCCCAACGUUUUAACUUGCUAGGCCACCUGCUGCUAGCCCAUAUGCAAGUGAUCUACACAUCCAAGCCCAAAGCAGGAGGUUUAAAACAUACUUUCUUAGUCGCCAAUGUCCCAGAGCAGGUCUUUCACUGUUAAAAAUAACAACGUGAAUGUGACUGUUGGCCGAUUUUUACAUGUUUUUCUUUUAUAAAUAAUGGUACAAUGUGUGUACUUUCCACUCAAAUAAUUUCCGAUUGUGACUCAAUUUUAAUAAAAUGUUAACUAUGAUCAACUCUUA